CCCGGGGCGCGACUGCUUACAUUUAUCGAUUUAAACCGAGCCUCGAUAUACGAGAUGGAGCGAGCGACCGAGGACGAUGUAGACGGCAUCGCCGACCAAAACAACGGGAGAAGGUUAGACGCGAGCGCAGAAACGAACGCGGAAAAUCGCGAAAAUUUUGCGUUGGACAAUAAAGAGUCUCAAGAGCAAGAAGAAGAAAAGGAAAGAGAAAUCGCAGAGGAUGUGUACGGAAGGACUGAGUCUCUUAUCUGGGACCAAGCACUGCGAGGACAUGAAGGAUAUGGAGAGGGGUUGUACGGAGAACGGAGUCUGGAGGACGAGGAAACGAAAGAGGGAAAGAGCGCGCCGUCUUCUGCGACAAUCGUCACGGCGGAAAAGUCCGACGAGGAAGUGCGAGACGUGGUGGGGCCCGAUCACGUGCUCGCCGAGAUACCAGUCGAGGUUCGCAUAAACUUGUCAUUCACCAUCAUUCUACCCGUGGAAUUACUGUGCCUCACGACCUUCGUAAUAUCCUAAGGACUCGAGCCUCCCCUCUCAU